AUGUUCCAAACGAAGAAACUUUUACAUUUUAUUUCACGUCACUGUAUUUCGAGAAACUAUCAAGUAACAGUUGUGGGGGGAGCUAGUGAGAUUGGACAGACUGUCGGCUUGUUGCUCCGGACUCAGCCAGCUAUCACGAAACUGAUAAUUUUUGACGAUCUAGAGCAUACUCCAGGCGUUGUUUUAGAUUUGUCACACAUACCCUCAGGAUCCGCUCUACAGGGAGUGGCUUCAGGUAAUUCUUUGGAAAAGUUUUGGACAGAUUCCAGUAUCAUAUUAGCAACAGGCGGCGUAGCCCGAAGCCCGGGGACGUCAAAGGAAACAUGGUUUAACGCAAAUGCAGAUUUCAUAAAGACCUUAUCGUCUCGUAUAUCCAAAAUGUCACCGAUGCCGUUCGUAGGUAUCGCUACGGAACCCAUUAACACUUUAGUGCCCAUGGCUGCGGAAAUAAUGAAGAACCAUGGGGAAUACGACCCCAAAAAAAUGUUUGGCAUCACAAUAUUAGAUAAGUUGAAAACAGAGGCGUUAUACGCCGCGGAAGCGGAAAAGGAUCCACAAAACUGCAAUGUCCCAGUUAUAGGCGGGCAUUCAGAAAAAACUUUAAUACCACUGUUGUCACAAGCAGAACCUAAAUGUAACUUGGACGAAAAGAGGAUACAAGAAUUCACAUCUAAGGUUAGAUCAUCUGAUAGCGCGAUUUUGAAAUCAAAAUGCGGCUGGUCGCCAUCUUUGUCCGUGGCGUACGGCGCUGUUGCGUUCACUAAAUCUAUUAUCGACGCUUUGGACGGCCGAACAACUCAAAUACAGGCGUACGUUGAAAACAACGAUUUUGGCACUUCUUAUUUUUCUGGACUCGUUACCGUUGACCAAAAUGGUGUUAAAGAAAUGCAACGAUACUCACACCUAUCGUCAUACGAAUGUCAAUUGUUGGAGAGAAGUAUCGAGCAACUGAGAAAGGAAGUUCUAAUGGGGAAAAAGGCUUUGGAACUAGAGUAG